GACAGAAGAUUAUGUUUAUUGUAGUAGUGGUUUAAUGGGUAUACAUAUAUGUCAAAACUGAUCAAACCAAACUUAAACGGCUUUAUAUAUGUGCAGCAUAGAGGUCUUCAAUUAUAACUGAAUAAAGUUUUUUUAAAAAAUGGGGAUAAAAAUAACAUCUUCAGCCUGUUGUAGGGAUUCACUGAAUAUGUUAAAGCACUUUAUCAUAAUACCUGGCUCCGAGUUUGAUGCCGCUGACACUUAGAUAUCAAACUCAACCUCUCUACCAAGCUCUUCAUCCAAACAGACUAGGGGUAAAGACUGUCUAAGACUAUACAGAAAGAUCAUGUAUCUGAGGAAUUAAAAAUAGGGCAUAAGAUUUGGCAAUGUGUCACUCGGUAAACUCAAUAAACUAGUAUUAUCAAGGCAAAAAAUAUAUACACAAAAAGAACUGGAUUAAAAAAAUUUUUUUCUAUGGACUUUUAACGUGAUAACUCAUGACACAGGGGUUAGGAUCUUCAGUUUUCCUUUGGAAGUUAAUAAAAACCACUAUAGAGAAAAACAAGAUUUGCUAGUAAGAAGGUGAAAACUGCUUCUCCUCUCAGGGUUCUAGUUCUCUUGCAACCUAAAACAAAGGAACCAGACAGGAUAACCACUUUCGUACCGUACAGCUCCAAACACUAAUCAAUCACUCCAUUCACUUAUCUUUUCUAUUUCCUUGUAUUCUGUCAAACAACUGUCUCUUGGUUUAAAUACUUUUCUGCUGGUCUUCGCUCUCUCUCUCUCCCCUUCUGGUUUAUUUUCAUCCAGAUGUGGAUUUUCCCCAAAGUUUCCAUCUUAUCCUUUUCUCCUCCUGUGUAUGCGCCACUGAAGUCAAGAUUGCCACAUUCAAACUCCCCACACAUUCACACACCCACUCCCAAUAUACAGUAUCUCGCCCAAUGUUUAUCACUCCGGAUACAUUCCUAGAAUCCAAAGAUCUGGAGCAGGGAGAAAAAGAAAAGGCGCCUACCAGAUGCCUGGAACAGUCUACUAGGCACUACAAGUACAUUAGCUCUUUCAAUGCUCACAACAGCCCAGCCAGAUGUUAUCUCAAUCUUACGGUUGAAGAAAUUUAAGACCUCUGGCUGGACACUAGAGGCUGGCGAAGUACGUGACCUUUGAUCAGAAUCUCCUGGAGGAGUGGGGUCCCUGACCAUUGUACCUUCCAGAGAACCUUAAAACUGAGAUCCCAGGAGACCCCUCUCGGAUACUCUGCAGAAGUCAGAGUGACGAUAUUAGCAAGCACACCGCAGCCAUGCGAACCCUUCCUGGCUCAGCUCCCGACAAAAGAAAUCAAGCCCCCAGUCAAAAUACAACAACAACGGAUUAGGCCUACAACCCUCUCCCCCGGCCCCCAAAUUCUCAGGGGAAAUCCCCUAAGAGUCAGGUACGGAGGUCACUGCAGCGACUUCAGCGUGCAGAGAACGCGCGGAACUAGGAAGAGGACGCUCCAGCCCACCUGAGCGUCUCUGAUUGGCCGCCAGCUCAGCUUGGAACGCUGGGGUGCGUGGCGUCAUAUCCGCCGGGCCCGCCAUCUUGUUCCCAGGGGCAGUUGGCGGAAGAGAUCGAGCUCCCUGGCCGCCGGCUCGCCUUCUGCGUGGAGUUCUCGCGGUCUGGGUUUCGCUGUCUGCUCUUGGCCCGGGGUCCUUUUGUCGGCAUCGGGUGCCCUCUCUUGCCCAGCUGGGGCACAGCGAGGCGGCCCCUUCUCCCGACGACGUUCGAUGGAGUAGGGUCCCAGACCGUUGUCCCGAAGAGCGAGAUCGAGCUUGGCCCCCUCCCCCCCCUCCUUCCCUCCCUCCUUCCUUCCGCCGCAACAUGGCUAACAACAGCCCCGCGCUGACAGGCAACUCGCAGCCGCAGCACCAGGCGGCUGCAGCUGCGGCUCAGCAACAGCAGCAGUGCGGCGGCGGCGGCGCCACCAAGCCGGCGGUCUCCGGCAAGCAGGGCAAUGUGCUCCCGCUCUGGGGCAACGAGAAGACCAUGAACCUCAACCCCAUGAUCCUGACCAACAUCCUGUCGUCGCCUUACUUCAAAGUACAGCUCUACGAGCUCAAGACCUACCACGAGGUGGUGGACGAGAUCUACUUUAAGGUCACGCACGUUGAACCAUGGGAGAAAGGAAGCAGGAAAACAGCGGGCCAGACAGGGAUGUGCGGAGGGGUUCGAGGUGUUGGAACAGGAGGAAUUGUUUCUACAGCAUUUUGCCUGUUAUACAAAUUAUUUACCCUGAAGUUAACUCGAAAGCAAGUGAUGGGUCUUAUAACACACACAGACUCUCCAUAUAUUAGAGCGCUUGGAUUUAUGUAUAUAAGAUAUACACAGCCCCCUACAGAUCUGUGGGACUGGUUUGAAUCCUUCCUUGAUGAUGAAGAGGACCUAGAUGUGAAGGCUGGUGGAGGCUGUGUAAUGACCAUUGGAGAAAUGCUACGAUCUUUUCUCACAAAACUGGAGUGGUUUUCUACCUUGUUUCCAAGAAUUCCAGUUCCAGUUCAAAAGAAUAUUGAUCAACAGAUUAAAACCCGACCUAGAAAAAUCAAGAAAGAUGGGAAGGAAGGUGCUGAGGAAAUAGACAGACAUGUUGAACGCAGACGUUCAAGGUCUCCAAGGAGAUCUCUGAGUCCACGGAGGUCCCCAAGAAGGUCAAGAAGUAGAAGUCAUCAUCGGGAGGGCCAUGGGUCUUCUAGUUUUGACAGAGAAUUAGAAAGAGAGAAAGAACGCCAGCGACUAGAGCGUGAAGCCAAAGAAAGGGAGAAAGAACGGCGAAGAUCCCGAAGUAUUGACCGGGGGUUAGAACGCAGGCGCAGCAGAAGUAGGGAAAGGCAUAGAAGUCGCAGUCGAAGUCGUGAUAGGAAAGGGGAUAGAAGGGACAGGGAUCGAGAAAGAGAGAAAGAAAAUGAGAGAGGUAGAAGACGAGAUCGUGACUAUGAUAAGGAAAGAGGAAAUGAACGAGAAAAAGAGAGAGAGCGAUCAAGAGAAAGGUCCAAGGAACAGAGAAGUAGGGGAGAGGUAGAAGAGAAGAAACAUAAAGAAGACAAAGAUGAUAGGCGGCACAGAGAUGACAAAAGAGAUUCCAAGAAAGAGAAAAAACACAGUAGAAGCAGAAGCAGAGAAAGGAAACACAGAAGUAGGAGUCGAAGUAGAAAUGCAGGGAAACGAAGUAGAAGUAGAAGCAAAGAGAAAUCAAGUAAACAUAAAAAUGAAAGUAAAGAAAAAUCAAAUAAACGAAGUCGAAGUGGCAGUCAAGGAAGAACUGACAGUGUUGAAAAAUCAAAAAAACGGGAACAUAGUCCCAGCAAAGAAAAAUCUAGAAAGCGUAGUAGAAGCAAAGAACGUUCCCACAAACGAGAUCACAGUGAUAGUAAGGACCAGUCAGACAAACAUGAUCGUCGAAGGAGCCAAAGUAUAGAACAAGAGAGCCAAGAAAAACAGCAUAAAAACAAAGAUGAGACUGUGUGAAAAUAUUUUGUAAAAGUGGAUCACAUUGAAUCCUAUAAAUGAUUAAAUCUGCUUUUUUCCCCCAAGUUGAGAUUGUGCAGUAGUUCGCACUCCUCAAGCUCUCCCUGUAGGCUGCAUUUUCAUUUCCUCUUUCGUGUAGGGAAGUGCCUUUGUAAUUCCAUUUAUUGCAUUGGUGUUUUCACCCAAUUGUUAAGUUUGAUACAUGAUGCACAGAUUGUUCUUGCAUUUUUAUUGUUUGUUUUUGAAAUGUACAGUCUGUACAUAUGUCCUGAAAAUGUUUUAAUUCCUUUGGCAUGGUUGCCAUGUUGGUUAAAUUUGUAUAAGGCAAUAAACUGCCACUAAUCUAUUUUUGUUUUGUAGGUGUGGGAUUAUGGUUUGUGUACUGAAGUUAGCAUGGCUGUGCUUUUCGUAAUAGAAUGCUAAAGACUUUGAGAAUGGAUCUUGGAUGUCUGUUAUAGGAGAAGUAUGUGCUGCCAAUGUACAAGAAGGCAGCAUUGUAGGAUUAACAUUCUUGUCUACUGUAUAUUAUCUUGGAAGGCUCUUGUUAAUAUGUUACACUUAAUAUUCUCCACAGUUACCUUUAGAGAGAAUUUAUGAGAAGUUUCUGAUGCAGAGGUUUUUAGGCUGUGAUUUCAUCAAAAGUCCUUUUAGCAUUCUACCUCAAAGGGACACUUAGUAUGCCUAAAAUUUAUUCACUUAGUUUUCCUUUUUUAUUUGAAAAAAUACAUGACAUGUAAUCUUUUUUUCUUGAAUUCUUUCUCAGAUUUUAAAGUACUAUAUUAAAGAAAAAAAUUAAUGUCUAAAGCCUAGCAUUCUUGCAGAACCCUAUACUAACAUGUAAUGGGGAGAGGGUGGGGCAGAUGAGUAGAGAAACAGAUUCAAGCCUCAAGCUUCCAAAGCAUUUUUAUAAAUGGAAAAUCCUUAAAUUAUGAAACAGCUUGAUAUAGUGUCCUUUUUUUAAAAUUCAGAACUUUUUUAAUUGAUAAUGGAGAUUGCUGUUUGAGUUUUUAAACUUAAUCUAGAACAGAGGAGUAUUAAAAGUAAUGCUGUGCUGCAUUAUUUAAGACUAUCAGCAAAUUAUUUGAUAGAUUGUUCUUACAACUUGUAUUCUGAUUACAGAACCAUCAUGAGUGUGGAAUAAAUACUGGAUUAAAUCCUU